AUGCAUAUUACUUUUUUGACCAACCCGGCCUCAGGCCAGGUCAAUGUACAGCUGGCCACGGCGCAGCAGUUGAUAUUGGAAGGUCAUGCUGUGACGUUUUUAUCGGCGGAAUCAUGCCGCAAGAAGAUUGAUCAAUUCACAAUGGAGCAAGAGGUGUGCAACCAGGGUCUAAUCCGCUUCAUCAGUCUUGGUUCGGGUCGCACUGUUGACGAUUUCACUUCAUUUAUGCAAGACCGAAUGCACCUGAUGCGAAGCGCACCCGGUGAUCCGAUCAGCUUGGAGACAUGCAUUGAGGCUUCACUCGGCUCAGCAGAAGAGCAGGCUGAAACGGCGGUCAGGGUGCGCGACUAUAUCAAUGCCCUAGAUCCCGAUAUGGUCUGCGUGGAUGCUCUGACACCACGACUCAUCACCGGAGUUCUUCUGACAAAACGAAAAUACAUCCUUACGAUUCCGUGCUCUCCAGGACUGAGUGCCAUUUCUGGCGCCUUUGAACCUCAUCCAAUGGCCUCAAACCGCGAUGGUUCAUGGGGAACUCUACUCGAAAAUGUCUAUCUCAACUUCCGUUUAUAUUACCACAGUUGGACACAUCCCGGCUGUGUCGCUAGACAAGAUCUCCUGUCGAAGCGCUUUGGUCUCAAAUCUUACGGCAUCUUCAAUGACUUAUCGCUCUUACCACCCCUCUGGGAGGACGAAAACUGCCUCGCAGGCAUCCACUUUAACACUUUGGGCCUUAUCGACUACCAGCGACAAUCUUCCAAAAUGGUGUUUGUCGGUGCCGGAAUCUCCGAGGAUACAUCGACACACCAAACAACCUGUCCAGAGCUGGCCUGGGUGGACGAGGCCAUGCUUCUCGGCGAAGAUGUCAUCUACAUGAACAUGGGCUCGAUGUUUAUCUGGGAAAGACACGAAUUCUGGAACUGUAUCUCUGGGUUCGAAGCCGUGUACAGAAGGCGAGGAGGUCGUGUACGCUUCCUCUUCAAAAUCAACUUCCCCGUCGACUCGCACCACCGCUUCUCAACGGACGAGCUGCCUCCUUACAUUCGACUUACCAACUGGAUUGAGAACCAACACGCCAUCUACUCGCAUCCUGCCCUUAAAGCCUUCAUUCACCAUGGAGGAGGCAACUCCUUCAAUGAAGCCGUCUACUUCGCCAUUCCACAACUGAUCCUCAGCCAGUGGCUCGAUACCCACGAGUAUGCCACCUACGCAGAGCUAUUUGGUCUGGGUCUGCGAAGCGAGCGACCACCAUAUGUCGAAGCCAAAGACAUUGAAGAUAAGAUCAUGACCCUCCUCGGACCGCUUUGGCCUACCUUCAAGUCCAACUGCCGAACCUGGGCUGUGCGAAGCCAAAUCGGUGGCGGUACAGCGGCUGCUGCUAAGAUCAUUCUAUCUCACAUAGACACGAGCAGUACGGAAGAUCCAAUGUUGACACCGCCGAUGACUCCGGGAGCAUCAUCGCCAAUUGCAGAUAAGCAACUGUCGGUAUAUUAA